AUGAAGGACUUCUUGGCCGUCAGUCUUGUUGGUUCCAACCUCCUUAUAGACAGGAACGACCCGCUGGUCUUCCUCGCUCCGACCUUGGAGUUCGGGGAGGAUGGUUUUGGUCUGCAGUCACGCAUAGCGACAUCAGACAGCUUCACCGUCUCAGGGCAACGCAGAGCAGUCCCGAUCCCUGUGGCAUCGAAGGAGGAGGUCACGUUGCUAGGAGGUCUUCGUUCUUUCGAGGAGGUCAUUUCAAACAAGGUGUCAAAUCGGCCCCUCUGGGACGCUCUCCCCUUCGAAGACUUGGGCCCUGAAGCGCGACGAUCGGCGGUAGAGAUGAUCAAUCGCGAGACGAACCUCCGCAGUCCUCUUGACGUCAUCCAGAGGCUGUGGGAAGCUGCCGCCUGCUCGCCGUACCGAGUGAUGAUCGAUGAGGUUCCUUCGCUCUAUGAUGGGAGCUCCAUCACACUGGGAGGAAGCAUCCUCUUCGGAAGGGGCGAGUUGGAGGGGACGGACCAGCCGAUGAGGAUGGUCGCCAGUCCUGCCGCGUCCGUUGCUUUUGCGACCAAGUUCGGCAGCCCAGUCUACAUCAGGAAGGACAUCUACAAGGAAACGUGCUGCAGAAUCGUCAACCUGGGCGACGAGGGGGAGCGCAAUAAGUUUUCAAUCGACGGAUCUCAGCCUGUUGCAUGGCGGACGCCCAAGACGGCCGAGAAGUUCAUGUUUAGAGUGCGAGAAUCGCAGAAGAACGCCAAGAUAAGGGAGGAGGCGUUGAGGAAGAAGACGUGGGAGAUGAAGGCUUCCGACCUGCUGGCAAUGAGCGUCGAGCAGCUCCGGUUCAUCCUCGCAGAGCAGGGAGUUCCUUCUUCCAGCAAGGCGACCAAGGAGGAGCUGGAGGACCUGGUGCUGCCGGGCAUGGAUGAAGUCGAGAGACGCAUCGUCAUGAUCCAACGAGCCGUGGAGCGUGAGGAUUACGGGACGGCUUCACAGCUGGCUGCCAACCAGUCACGGAGGGGGAGGAUAGCGGCAGCGAUCGUCGAGGCAGUGCGGGAGGAGAGAUACUACGAGGCUGCGGAGCUGCAGGAGGAACUGGAAGUGAUCACGAUGGGACGGGCCGACAUCACCCAAGAUGAAGGAUCGUACGAUCCGUACUUGGACGCAGACGACUGGUACGUCAAGGACCUGAUGCGCAGGCGGAAAGGGAAGUGA